UGGCACUGCACAAACAAAAACACGCGUUAUCGAGGAGCGACACACUUUUAAACAUAUAUUUUUAUUUAUUUAUUAUUAUUAUUAUUGUUGUUGCUAUUGUUAUUAUUUUACAACUUUCAAGUCUUUGGUCUGCUGUGAAAAUCUCCCAGCAUGCAUCCCAUUCGCUUCCACUAGCUGUGUGUCUUGUCUGCUUAACGCAGCAAAUUGAAGCGUCCACAUCCCGUUCAGGUUUGUGGAGUCUAUCCCAGCUGGCUGCAGAGUAGACUACAAACAAGCCUAAAUUGCUGAACCUACCCUCAUUUCAAAAUUAGGUGGUUUCCAGGUUUGGUUGCCAACAUGUUGGUGGCUCCUCUUUGCUUGAUGAGCUUUCUUUACCUGGGCCAGGUGUUUGGGGCACAAAUUCCAUAUGGAAACUCACGUAACAUCACCGGUGCUCAGCCGUUCCCCUGGCAUCAUAUGAGACUCCCCCAAACCGUUAUGCCUCUCCACUACGACCUGAACAUUCACCCCAACUUGACCACCCUGAACUUCACCGGCGUUGUUCGCAUCCAGCUGGAAGUGCUCAAAGACACUAAAGCCAUCGUUCUGCAUGCCAAGCAGUUGAAGAUUUUCAAUGUAAAGCUCAAGACGCCCGAAGGUGUGAGGUCUCUUCAGGUUGUGGAGAAUUCAAUUUACCAGCAGCUUGCCCUGCUGUCAGACGAGGUGAUCACAAGAGGGGUGGACUACGAGGUCCAUAUGGAGUUUUCCGCCAAACUCUCGGACAGCUACCACGGUUUUUACAAGAGCAGCUACCGAACCAGCAGCGGGCAGCUUCGGAUUCUGGCAUCCACGCAGUUUGAAGCUACCUUCGCCCGAGCAGCCUUCCCUUGUUUUGAUGAGCCCGCAUUUAAAGCCAACUUUACCAUCUCCAUCAUACGGGAGGCGCGACACAUCGCCAUUUCCAAUAUGCCCAAGAUAAAAACAAUCGCAUUACCUGGAAAUGUGUUUGAGGAUUGCUUUGGCACCACAGUAAAGAUGAGCACAUACUUGGUAGCCUUCAUCGUGUCUGACUUCCUCUCCGUGAGCAAGAUGACCAAACACGGUGUCAAGAUUUCUGUCUAUGCCGUAGCUGAGAAAAUCAACCAAACGGACUUCGCGCUGGAUACCGCUGUGAAGCUGCUCGACUUUUACGACACCUACUUCAAUAUUCCUUACCCACUCCCCAAACAGGACCUGGCUGCUAUCCCAGACUUCCAGGCGGGAGCGAUGGAGAACUGGGGUCUGACCACCUACAGAGAGGCGGCCCUUCUCUUCCACCCUGAAAAAUCCUCCAUGGCAGACAGAGCACAGAUUGCCAAGAUCAUCGCUCAUGAGCUUGCACACCAGUGGUUUGGCAACUUGGUGACGAUGGAGUGGUGGAGUGACCUGUGGCUCAAUGAGGGUUUUGCCAAGUUCAUGGAGUUUAUUGCUGUCGACUUCACAUACCCGGAGUUAGAAGCGAAUGACUUAUUCAUGGGGAAGUGUUACAACGCCAUGGAGGUUGAUGGUCUCAGCUCAUCACACCCCAUCUUCAACCCUGUGGAAAACCCCACUGAGAUCCAGGAAAUGUUUGACGAAGUGUCCUACGAUAAGGGAGCGUGCAUUCUGAAUAUGCUUAAAGACUUCAUGACACCUGAGGUCUUCGAGGUUGGGAUCAUCCGCUACCUGAAGCGGUACAGCUACCGAAACACUGUCAGCAGCCACCUGUGGGAAAGCCUGACUGAUAUUUGCAAUUCGAAUAAUCUCCAAGACGCCCCAUCUAAACAAAAAGAUUUCUGCUCGAAGCGCACCCUACAAUCUGGAGAAUAUUACCAUGGUGAUAAGUUUGACAUCAAGACCAUCAUGGACACAUGGACACGACAGAAGGGCUUUCCGCUAGUCAGCGUUGACUUAAAAAGUCGGAAGCUCAUUCUCACCCAGCAUCGUUACCUGAAGAUAGAGGAAAAGCCCACCACCACUGGACCCCCGACUGAAAAACUCGUUUGGCAGAUUCCACUGACUUACAAGACGAGUGCCUCUGACACAACACAACACUUCCUGAUGAGGUCUGCAGUGGAUCUCCUGCGCAUUCCAAAUGGAGUGGACUGGAUCAAGCUGAACGUAGACAUGAGCGGCUACUACAUCGUCCACUACGGCAAAGAUGGGUGGAAGUCUGUGAUUAAGCUGCUCCAGAACAACCACACGGCGCUCAGCGGCAAGGACCGAGCCAGCCUCAUACACGACGCCUUCCGGGUCGUCAGCAUCAAGAAGCUGACCCUGGAAACCGCUUUGGAGCUGUCCACGUAUCUGUCCAAAGAGACCAAUGUCAUUGCUGUGACUCAGGGCUUUGCAGAACUCAUACCCAUCUAUAAACUGAUAGAAAGGAGAGAAAUAAUUCUUCUCGAGAAUAGCAUGAAGAUUUACAUGCUGUACCUGUUCAAGGACUUGAUUGACAGUCAGAAGUGGGACGAUUCCGGUUCCUCGUCUGAGCGAAUGCUACGCAGCUACCUGCUGCUGUUCGCCUGUGUCAGGAACUACACUCCUUGUGUGACCAAAGCUAGCCAGCUGUUCAACAUGUGGAAGGACUCUGAUGGCAAAAUGAGCCUCCCAGUUGAUGUCACCCUGGCAGUGUAUGCUGUUGGGGCUCAAACACCAGAGGGGUGGGACUUCCUGUUUGAGUUCUACCGCCAGUCUUUGCAACUGUCCGUUCAGAGUAGCAUCAAGAUUGCCUUGACAAUCAGCCCAUUGCGUCAAAAGCUCAAGUGGAUUCUGGAACAGAGUCUUCUCGGUGAGGUGAUAAAAACUCAAGACCUCCCAGAUGUGUUGGUCUCUAUCAGCAGGAACCCCCGAGGCCACAGACUGGCGUGGGACUUCCUCCGAGCCAAUUGGCCGACGCUGAUCAAAAAGUUUGAAAUCGGCUCCUCCUCCAUCGCGCACAUCGUCACGGGAGUGACCAGCCUGUACUCCACAAAGACAAUGCUGACGUCGGUGGAGAAAUUCUUCACCUCUCUCACAGUGGAGACGGGCUCACAGAUGAGGUGUAUCCAGCAGGCCUACGACACCAUCGCUGACAACAUCCGCUGGGCUGAAACCAACUUCCCCGUGCUGCAGUCCUGGCUGAAAAAACGCCAGAGGUGGCUUCAUGAGGACUUGUAACGGCGGUCACACAAAGACACUUUUUUUUAGAUGUAUUGUUAUUAUAAAUGGCGGCACGGUGGCCGACUGGUUCGAGCGUCAGCCUCACAGUUCUGAGGGGCGGGGUUCAAUCCCCGUCCCCGCCUGUGUGGAGUUUGCAUGUUUUCCCCGUGCCUGCGUGGGUUUUCUCCGGGCACUCCGGUUUCCUCCCACAUCCCAAAAACAUGCAUUAAUUGGAGACUCUAAAUUGCCCGUAGGCAUGACUGUGAGUGCGAAUGGUUGUUUGUGUCUAUGUGCCCAGCGAUUGGCUGGCAACCAGUUCACCCCGUCUCCUGCCCGAUGACAGCUGGGAUAGGCUCCAGCACUCCCGCGACCCUAGUGAGGAGAAGCGGCUCAGAAAAUGGAUGGAUUAUUAUAAAUAAUACUAAAUUAUUAGUAUUAUUUUAGGGGGACAGACUGUUCACGGUUUGAGAGGAACAUGUCAAGUGGGACGUGUUCUAAUUGUGACCAAACACAAUUUUACACCUUGCAAGGACAUCAAAAAGAUAUCUUUGGGUUAUUUGAGCCAACAGCUCAAAGAUCUAAUGGUAUUAUCCAAUUGCUAUUUUUUAUUUGCUCUAUUGCUUAGUCUUCAACUGAUUUUCGCUGCCAGUAAUGAACAAUGGUCUGUGUUUUUAUUUAUUAUGAAGAAUUGUUGUUUUAGGGCUUUUGGGUAGAUCCCAGGCAUUUAUCAAUGUGAAGCACACAAUGUCUGAAUAUCUACAUUCCAACAGGUCACAAAUCUUUGUCUCUCCCCGUGCUUGUGUGGGUUUUCUCAGGCUCCGUUUCCCCCCAAAAUUCCCAAACAUGCAUGUUAGGUUAAUUAAAGACUAAAUUGUCUUUAGGCGUGAAUGUGAGGGUGAAUGGUAUUUUGUCUGUGCCUUGUGAUUGACUUUCGACCAGCCCGGGGUGUAAGCCACCUUCCACCCAACGUCAACUGGGAUAGGCUCCAGCUCACAGCGUUCCUGAACAGGAUAAGCAAUAUGGAAAAUGGCCUUACAGUAAAAUAUCAACAAUACACUUCUCUGUGCAAGUUUACAACUAUCCAUUUAAUAUUUAUUUUUUUAUGAAGACAAAUGCCAAGGCUUUGAACCAAGCUUUCGCUAAUGCACUAAUAUUGUUGUUCUUUAAUAGAGAUGCUAUUGUGAUAUGAGAAGAUAUAUGCCUGCGUGGGUUUUCUCUGGGCACUCCGGUGUUCCUCCCACAUCCCAAAAACAUGUGUGGUAGGUUGAUUGAAGACUCUAAAUUGCCCGUAGGUGUGAAUGUGAGUGUGAAUGGUUGUUUGUUUAUAUGUGCCCUGCGAUUGGCUAGCGACCAGUUCAGGGUAUAGCCCGCCUCUCGCCCGAAGAUAGCUGGGAUAGGCUCCAGCCCCCCCAGCGACCCUAGUGAGGAUAAGCGGUACAGAAAAUGGAUGGAUGGAUGGAUGGAUGGAUAAAUGGGCAUUGUUGUUGAUUGCUGCUGGCUUGAUGGGUCAGGGUUAUUCAUCACAUCUUCAUCUUAGUCCAACUGUUUUUAAUUUUAUGUCAUACUCCCAUGAGAGCAACUAGAGCAACUGUCUUCGAAACUUUUUUCUUUUCUUUUCUCGCAAUCCAUGAAGAAACAUUCACUGCCAUUGACGGCUUUAGAAGUCAAAUAUCCAUGUUAACUGGGAAGGCUGGCAGUGAAUGAGUUUUAAGAUGUUCUGUGGCAGGUUCUCAACCAGGGGUCUGUGGACCCCUAGUGGUCUUUGGUGUAGUUGAAAGGGGUCCCUGACAAUACCUUUUUAAAAAGAUUUAUGACAUUUAUAGUGAUAGGAUUAUUUUACUCAGAUGUGACUGAGACCUUUAUCUACUUAAACUAAAAAUGGUACAGGACUUUUUUUUUUGUCUCUAAUUCUGUCCGUUUCACAAGUGUAAUCAAUUACAUUUGCAAUGUUGAAGUCAGGGGGUCCUUAGGGUUAAUAAAAAAUUUGCAGGAGGUCCCGGAACCUAAAAAGGUUGACAGCCAAUGUUCUAAGGGAAACAUUAGUUUUCUUUUUUAUCUUGGUGAAUUUAACAUGCACAUUGUGUAUUGGAUCUCUUUCUAUUGUCCAGGUGUAACCCUUUUCUGUUGCUUGGAUUUAUUAAAAAAAAAAAAAAAAAAAAAACAGUUUACAUCAGAUUUGAUUAAAACCAAUCUCAUCCUAAUUGAUGUAAAUAUGAUAACAAUGGUGAAGAUUCAUCAAUGUCUGGAGUCUGGACCUUGAGAAUGAAUUUGACCUUGACCAAAAAAAAAAUACAAUGAAAACAUCUCUUGGUAACAGAAUGUUUUUGUCCACUUUAAGAUUUUUCAAGUAUAUACUACUAUUCAUGUGCAAUAAAUCCCAAAUGUAUUCCAUGGCCUAAGUCAGAAAUAAAGUGAAUUUUACCUUAAAGUGUAAAAAUAAAAACAAGCUGAAAAAAAAAUGAAAAUAAAAAUAUCUUCCUGCUGGAAAUAACACAACCUUCAAUAAUGUUCAUUGGUUUGUUUUCUGGUUGCUUAUUUUGGUUUAUUUUAGCACCUUAUUCUCAUUUUCUUUUGCAACAUUCUGCAGGAUUUCUAGCAUAAGGUUGAAUAGAACAUUCUAAUCAAAUAUAAAUGUGGAACAGUGGAUAUAAAAGAAUUUACUCACCCCUGUUCAAAUGCUUGACUUUUUGUGACAAACAACACAAAGAUAAGUCAUUUAAAAACCUUUUAGUCAAUUACUGUGAUCUAACCCUUUCAACAAUUAGAAAAACGUCUUUUGAUUGAGUAAGUAAAAAUAAACAACUGAAAUAAUGUGGUUGCGCAACUGUGCACACCCGCUUAUAACUACGAUGCAGGUGUGUUCAGUAUAAACCAGUCUCAUUCAAAACCACCAGUUCCAGCUGAAGAAAAACAGCCCCAAAGCAUGUUGCUGCCACCAUUCACUCUAGGAAUGGUGUUCUUUAGGUGAUAAGCACUGUUGUGUUUGCACCAAACAUCACUUUUGGAGUAAAAGCUUAACGCUGGUUGUAUCGGACCAUAAGAGAUUUU